AUGCAGCUCUUGGUGACCGCGGUCGUCUUCGACAAAGCCGCUCUCUCGGGGGACCAUGUCGUACUCGACCCUCGGCUCUGCCACCACGGGGCGCUGCCUGGGCAGCAGGUCCAGUAUGUGCAGUACGUGCAGCCGGGGCAGCAGCCGGUCCAGCAGGUGCAGUACGUCCAGCAGCCGGUGCCGCAGGUCCAGUACGUGCAGCAGCCGGUCCAGCAGGCUGCGCCUCAGGUGCCCGUCUGCGUCACCUGGAGGAGCACGGGCUCCUGCACCUUCGGCGACUUCUGCCAGUACCGCCACGGGCCGGACCAGGCACGAAGAGUGUGGACCGUCCGCAGCAAGGGCUCCGAGUUCUACGCCAGCGUUGUGCAGGCCGACUCGUUCUGGAGGCGCGAGGCCGCCAUUUUCAUCGCCCAGGUGACUUGUUGGCGACUGUGCCGUGUUCGGCGCUCAUUCGUCAUGAGCCUCAAGGAUAUGACGAAUGCCUUUGGGAGCUCGGACUGGUCCGAAUUAGAGAUCACGAUUGCUCACUCCACCUCGGAGGCUAACCGCGCCCUCUGCCAGCAGCGGUACGAGGAUAGCAUGAUUGAAUUAACUGCUGAUGAGGGGCCCCUGUUGGUGAAGCCGUUCCAAGGUGGCGUCAUGGGGGGCCCCUUCACGGUGGCCGCGUUUUUAGGCACGUUCUCUCGGGCGACGCUUCAAUGGGCAUACCAGUGGAGCCGGUCCGACCCGAUGUCCCGCUUCUUGGUUUCGAAAUGGCUGAACUUCCAGAGUGACUUGAGUUUGUUGAAGUAUGCCGAUGACGUAAACAAAACAGUAGUGGCCUCCGACGAGAUGACCCUGGGGGACCUCUUUAGGAAGGUUCGUAAGAUGGACGAGGUUUUCGACUCGGUGAUGAAGCCGUUCGGGCACGUUCAGAAUCUCGGGAAGCAAGAGUUUUUGACGUAUUUCGCAUCCCAGGGGAAUCGAGCUCGACAGGUGGUUCGAAAGGGGAUCGAGGGCAUCCAGGGUAAAAUCAAAGACAGCGUGAGGAAGCGAGAUGGCGACACCACACCGCCGCCGAGCGCUGGAGCAGCAGGCAGCGGCGGCCAGCCGACGGGGGGCAGCGGCAACGAGCAUGCCAAGAAGGGCGACGGCGAAGGCAACAAGGACGUGGCGAAGGUCGUGGCGCAGGUCGUGCGCCUCCUGCUCACCGUGACGCGCGAGCUCGGGGACGCUGCCAGUGUCGUGUUCCUCAGGUGGGACAUCGCCCUCGACAGAGGGCUUCCAGCUUGCCUGUCCGCGGCGGGCAACAAGUACGACGAGCAGAGCAAGGACAUGAGGGCCACGCAGCAGGCGGGGGAAGAGCAGGACUUCAAGCGCAGGGGUCCCCCGCACCUCCAGAUUUUCGUAUCGGCAAUGCAGUAUUGUGCGACGCGGACUCCUACAGCGGGAUCUACGGAAGAGGUCGCGAAGCAACUGGCUCAGGACAGCAAGGAGUGGUGGCAGCAGUAUAUGAGCGAGGACAUCUCGCUGAAAGUGAUCGGCAGGGCGGUUCCGUAUUUUCGUUGCAAGCCGCUGAAGAAGGAGAACAGGGCGAUCAUCAUGAUGCGGACCGACUUCAACAAGGCGAUGGGCGUGGAGGCGUCGAGGAUCCUAGAGGCGGUGAUCGAGGCCGAGGGCGGGGAGUUUCUUCUAGCGUCCAAGUCGAGCACGAUCGGCUACGACGUACAGUGA